AUGCGGGACGAUGACUCUGACCAGGUGCCUUUAGAUAUCAUUGGGGACAGCGAUGAUGACACAGGUGCCAAUCCACAUACACAGCAUGGCCCUUCAAGUUCUGCCACACAGCAGUACCCUCCAUACUUUUCCACUCUAAACUUGGAGGCUUUGGGUCAACAAGCAGACGGAGAUGAAGCUGUUCUGAGUGUGAAGGACUAUAGCAUUCGUCGAGGUGUUGAGUACAGAGUCUUGAAAUCGGAUCAUCUGAAGUAUCAUGGAAAAUACAAGGAGUUCGGCAAGGGUUCUAGUUGUGAUCACCGGCAGCUUGAUUACCACAUUAUCUAUGCGAGGAUUUAUCCGUUGGUUAAGGCGGAUGUUGCGGUUACGGUAAAGGUCUUGCAACAAGCAACAGAAGCCGAUUACGGGUUCAGGCCUAGUUACAGGAAGGUUUGGAUGGAAAAACAGAAGGCAGUAGCACAAAUAUACGGAGAUUGGGAAGAGUCGUAUACCGAGUUGCCACGUUGGAUGCUAGGGGUACAGUCGACUAUGGCCGGAACAGUUACUGUGUUGAAGACCUCUCCUGUUCGACUUGGGGAUCAGUAUGGAGGCACGUUACUGUUGGCGAUAGCGCAGGAUGGGAACUCGAACAUCCUCCUGAUAGCCUUCGCCCUUGUAGAGGGAGAAAAUGCGGAGUCAUGGUCAUUCUUCUUGUCCAACCUACGAUCGCAUGUGACGCCGCAGGAGGGAAUUCUUGUUAUCUCUGACAGUCAUAAUGGCAUCAAGGCUGCCCUUGAGGCCCCCAAGAAUGGUUGGCUUCCUCCAUGUGCUUUUCAAGCUUUCUGUAUUCGUCAUGUGGCCGCGAAUUUUAGCCUUAGCUUCAAAGGUAAAGAUGCAAGGAGGAUGUUGGUGAAUACUGCCUAUGCGAAAACUGAAGCAGAGUUUUAUUACUGGUGUGACAUCAUGCGGACUAAGAAUCUGGCCAUGUGUGAUUGGGCCAAUCGGAUGGAGUAUGACAAGUGGACCCAACAUCAGGAUAGUGGGAGACGAUUUGGGCACAUGACAACCAACAUUAGUAAAUGUGCGAAUUCUAUGUUAAACGGAACUCGCAACCUCCCGGUAAUUGAUCGGAAAAUCAGAGACUCCAGGUGCUUCACCGUCACAUUAUACGACAGGCACCAAUCGGAGUACACGGUGGCUGAGACGACACCGACCGGAAACUUCUCGCUGGGUAGCUAUCGAGUUUCCUUUAAGGAUCACACAUGCGAUUGUGGCCACUUUCAGGCACUGCAUUAUCCAUGUUGUCACGCCAUUGCAUGUUGCGCUCACUCGCGUUUGAAUUGGGCGUCAUAUGUUCACGAGGUGUAUCGUAUGAGUGAGGUGUUCAACGUGUACAAGCAAGGGUUUGUUCCGCCUAUCCCAGAAGGCCUAUGGCCCCCAUAUGCUGGACCAACAGUCAUUCUCGAUCCUAACAUGAAGCGUGCAAGAGAAGGACGUCCAAAGGCAACCAGGUUCGGUGGUAGCAUGGAUCAGUCUAUUGAAAACCACCCCAAGCGCUGUGGGCUCUGCCGUCAGCCUGGUCAUAUGCGGAGGAACUGUGACCAGCGAAGACAUACUACUGCCAGGGAUGGUUAG